AUGGACUCCUCCGACGAGAAGGUCGACUCGUCCGAGGAGCGGCUGUCGAGCGAGGAGGACCCGGUGGACGACCCCAAGGACGCUGACUUCGAGGUCCCGGACGACGACGAGGAGGAGGAGGAAGAGGACGAGUUUAUGGAGGAGGACGAGGCGCCGCCGCGGCGUCGACGGAGCCUGCCGCGCGGCCAGCCCGAAGAGGAGGAGGACGCGCCGCCGCGCCGCCGCCGGAGCGCGACGAAGCUUAACGAAGAUGAGGUGGAUGAGUCCACGGAGGAGCCGCCGCCGCGCCGCCGGAGCUCCACCAAGCUCGCGGAGGACGAAGACGAGCCCACGGAGGAGUCUCCUCCAAAAAAGCGCGCCACCCAGUUAGAAGAAGAUGAUGAGCCGCCAGUGCCAGCUUCCAUAAGGAACCACAACACGGCGCCAGAAACACAAGUAGAGGAACCGGUCUACACCGACACGGGCCGAAGGAAACGCAGUGCCGCCAAGAAGGUCAACUACGACGAUUCCGUAAGGGACAAGGACUUCUUCCGCGCGGUCAACAAGCACGACGCCGACAAGUACCCCGACAACGGCCAUUUGUCCGAGGGCGACGACGAGAUCCUAAGUGAUGACGAGUCGGAUAGUGACGGCCCUCGCAAGGCCACGGCGAAGAAGUGGAAGGAGCCCGUCGAAAAGAAGAAGAAGCGGGGGCGGCCCCGCAAGCAGGACAAGGACGAAGCGCCUCCUCCGGUACUGGACCCGUCCGACGGCGCCGCGGCCAUGGUGCUGCGGAUGCAGAAGCCUCCGUAUGAUGUGCUGAAGACGCCCUGGGCGAACCGGGAUCCUGAAAUUUUUGCUACGUCUUCUACCAUCGAGACCGUGGAAGGUAGAGAUACCUGGAAAGAAUUAUUACCGGAGAUGAUGUGGGUCUGCAACGAGGCCGCGCGAAGACAAGCAGUCUCGAAGAACAGAGGCGCGCGCUACUUCGACAAGCCUUUAGCUGCCGAUUAUAUGUAUGACAGAGUAGCGCUCGCGGCGGACGAGCCCUGGGGCUUGGUCUGCAGGGACAACGAAAGCAAACAGAUGCAGGGCUUUUGCAUGUUAGGGACCUUUGCGUCCUGGGAUAAAACCUUGAGAUGGGCGUCGAGAGACCCGCGAGCCUGGGGCGUCGCCGACUACGACCCCAAUUGUGGUAGGAGGAUUAGGGUCAACGCGAGGCACAACUCUGACGACGAAUUCGACGACGCCGAUUUGGCGGACAUUUCCGAUCCAAGGGCCAGGGCCGACGAGAAGAAGCUGCGCGCGUACAUCGCUGCGGCGACGCAAGCGGCUAAAAGUGCUGCUGACUUGGCCAUGGCCGAGAAGCGCGACACCGACGGCGUUUUGUCUGAUGCCCUCGAGGCGACGGCGUGCCAAGUCUGUUCGUCGGACGCGCGCAUGACCGAGUGGCCCGACGUCCUCGAGGUGUCGUUGUUGGGUGGACUUGGUUGUGGUGGACUACUCCUCAAGCAAUGUCUGGAACAGGCUUCUACUCGUACCUAUACUACCACCAACUUCGACAAUCGGCAAGAUGACGAUGAUUUACAGGCUACGGAUGUGGAAACGAGGCCCGUACCUACCUACGUGGCCCUGCAGGCGACGGAGAGUGCGGUGCCUUUCUAUGAACGACAUGGCUUCCGACGAGUAGGCGCACUGGCCAAGUAUCGGGAUCGAAGGGACAUGCCCGAAUUAGCGUACCGGCACUGGAACGACCGGAUCAUGGUCUCGCAGACGCACGGCGCGUCGCACAUGAUGGCCCUCGAACUGGCAAAGUACGCCGGUCCACUCGAGAAAUGUGACCAUUCGCAAGCGCCCAAAGCUUCGAAGCCCGACCCCGCCGACACGGCGUUCCGAGAGAAGGCUCGCGAGGAGGUCAUGGACGUCGCGCGGUCCGCCAUAGGCUGCAACACGAACGUGAUUGGCGGGUCGGGCGUGUUUCGUGAAUUAGUAGUACUCGCGCAAGGCCGGGCGGGCCCCUGGGGCGCAAACGAUGAUGAUUUAUCUCGAUCAUUAGCUAGAGUGCUCGUAGUGUUCAAGUCCAACGCCUGUGGCAGCGCGAAGUCCGUGCUGCGAGAUGAAGUUUUAGGUGGCGAAGACUGCGGCUUUUCUCGUCGGAGAAGUUCGAGACCUAGAGCGCCGAAGAAAUUUGAGGCGUACGAGGACCCGGACCACGCACCCUUACACAUGCGUACUCAAGCACUCUCUGUGAGAGUUAGGUGCCCGGUCACGGAGACACCUGUGGAAGUAGAGGUACCUCCAGUGGAAGAAGAGGAGGAGGAACCCGAGGAGGAAUUGACCAAGGAAGAGCUGAGUUGCGAGGCCUGCCGCGGCCGCCACGUCAAGCACACGUGCGGCACGGAUCCCGAGGAGCGCAAGGCAAAAAAACGGGCCCAGGCCGAGGCUCGGCGCGCGAAAGCGCAAAAAGCUGCAGAAAGGAGGCAGGCGAUGGAAGAAGCGAGGCAGGCCGCGUUGGAGGCCGCGAAGCCGCCCUACGCGACGCCUCCCGAGCUCAUCGCGGUCAUCGGCACCAAACAGUCGUCCACCCGAGAUUCGACGGUUCAGAUACGCGUCAAAUUAAGGGCCGAGGGUUUGUCGCUAGUUCCCGUGGCCCUCUUCCCGAAGAAGCUGAAGAAGAAGGCUCGAUCUACACACUUAGCAGGUGCUCUGGCGUCGGUGCGGAGGAAACGUCGGGAGUCGGAGCCGCCGUCACCGAGGAAGAAACCGUCCAGCAAGAAGCGCGCCUUGGAUGAUGACGAUGUACAGGCGUCGUCUCCGAAAAAAAUGCGGAAGCCGCCCAAAGAUGAUGGUGAUCAAUACGAGGCGCCUCCGCUCCAGCCCUCGGAGGUCCUAUCGGACUGCCCCUCGGACGUCGAGGAGGACAUCCUGUCGAGGCCGGACAACGGCCUGCGAAUACGCUUCAAGUGGGACGCGCCCUACGGCUGGGGCGAGGCCAAGAUUAGGAGAAAUGCCUUCAAGAAGGAGGUCCUUAGAGAUGAUAGGGGUGUGCAGGUCCCGAAGGAGCGGACCUGGCUCAUCACGUGCGAGGACGGCGAGCAGAUGCUCGUGGCGCUGAAUCCUGAGUUUAGGGGGACUUCCCGGAGACACAACUGGUACGCGGCGCGGCCGCGGUCGAAGGCGCCGAAGCGACGGGGGCCGCCGCGGAGCCGCUAA